CUCUCCAUUUGUUAACCACUUGCAACAUCACUUCUCCUCCACCUCCACCAGUGCACGUCACGCACCCAAAUCUAAAAAAUGCUCCGAAAUCUUGCUACCCACUUCUCCUCUACCUCCUCCACCACCACCAGCAGCAGCACCACCCCUCUUCUCGUCCUCUCAAAACCUUUCCGUUCUCUCUCAUCAAAAUCGCUACUUUUUCUCUCUAAACCCUUCAAUUUCCCUCGAACCUCAAAACCCAUCUCUUAUUACAAGCCAUCAAUGAACAUCCUUAACAAACUAGGCUUUGGUCCCAGGUCACCUGACCCAUCAACAAUGGACCCAACAAUCCCACAAGGUCCCGAUGAUGACUUACCAGCUCCUGGUCAGCAAUUUGCUCAGUUUGGAGCUGGUUGUUUUUGGGGUGUUGAAUUAGCAUUUCAAAGAGUCCCUGGUGUUACUAAAACUGAAGUGGGUUAUACUCAGGGCUUAUUGCAUAAUCCAACUUAUGAGGAUGUUUGUACCGGUACUACUAAUCAUAAUGAAGUUGUUAGGGUUCAGUAUGACCCUAAAGAGUGUAGCUUUGACACUUUGAUUGAUGUUUUGUGGGCUAGACAUGACCCUACUACCUUGAAUCGCCAGGGGAAUGAUGUGGGAACACAGUACAGGUCUGGAAUAUACUAUUACACCCCUGAGCAGGAGAAAGCAGCGAAGGAGUCCUUGGAACGGCAGCAGAAGCUCUUGAACAGGAAGAUAGUCACUGAGAUUUUACCUGCCAAAAAAUUCUACAGAGCAGAAGAAUACCACCAGCAGUAUCUUGCGAAGGGUGGCCGAUUUGGAUUUAUGCAAUCUGCUGAGAAAGGAUGCAAUGAUCCAAUCAAAUGCUAUGGCUAAGUCCUUAACCAUCAUUUAGAGGCAAACAUCGUCCUAGGUUAAUUAUUCUUGUCCUGAGACUUUACCUGUUUAUAUUGAUAAACCUAAGCUUUUGUGUGCUAGGCUAUGUUGUGAAUGCCAUAUGUGCUUAGCUUCCAGGAUACAGAUAUCUAGAUACCUAAACGUGUUUGAUGGCCGCGUGCUCUACUGUUUGUGUAAAGGUAGUUUGGGCAGAAUGGUUGGUAUAUAAGAAAUAAAGUUUUUCUGUAGUUUA